CAUCACGCUGGUUUGUGCCACUCGGACAAAGAGAACUGAGUGGAGUUCUGUUUGUCAGGACCUUAGUUGGAUCUGCUGUGGACCAGGACGAGAACAGCUGCUUUAGUGGAGAUCUGGACAUCUGCAAUGGGGGACGCCUUUGGUUUGGUCUACUGUCUGGCUAAGGAGGAGGACUAUGAGCAGGUCAUGAAGAUCUGCACUUCAAAGGACUACAACGGACUGGACUACCUGCCUGCCUUCUUUCACCGCUGGCUGAAGGAACCUGGACGGAUCGUCCUCUUGGCUUGGAUGAAAGACAGAGUGGUGGCGCUGGAAUCUGCCUUGCUCGUGGAUGGGGGUCAGACGGUUGUGUUUCAGGGUCGCAGGGUGGUUUCUGACCUCAGAGGCAGUGGCAUCGCUGGCGUCCUCCACAGUCAUGUGACCUCCUACGUCCGCAGUCAGUACCCAGAAGUCUGUGCUGUCAGAAUGAGCCGAGGAGACCAUCCUUCAGAACGAAUCCUGUCUAAGUACAGUGUUACGGCCGCAGCCGUUUUGAAGCCCAGAGGUGUGCUCCGCGCCGUUCCCUGUGCAGCAGCGCAGCACCACGGACAGCUACGCUCUGGGAUGUUGUCCUUACUCCAGCACCAUGGAGAGCGCCGGAGCGGCAGGCACAAGCAGCUGGGACUUUUUAUCUCAUCAGCCGGCCCUUCAAAAGCGGCCAGCUGGAGCUCAUCAGGGGAGAGAAAUGUUUGGAGUUGCAGAGGCAACGUUUGUUCUCUCCCCGUUGGCAGUUAAUACCAGGUUGUUGUUGGCUUUUUGUAAAGAAGCAGCUUUAGAACCUUUUGUGUUUUGGGAUAGUUGCAUUUAAGCGGUAAUUUUGGUUUUGGUGUGUCUGCUAGACCAUCUUGUGGUUUAAGUUACCAGGUGGGGAUUAUUCCCCUUUUGAAGUCUCAGUUUUCUGAGCUAUUUUUGUUGUUUGGGUAACCUAAGUUAAUUCAGCAUUUGGUUUUGUCU